AACUAAUAUAGCACAGACAUGGUGGUAAUAUGCUGGCAAUAUGAUGGUUACUAGUAUAUGAUGGUUAUAGUUACAGACAGUUGGAGAAAACACUACCAGAUAGCUACACUUUACAAAGGAAUGUAUCCAAAGGAAUGUAUACCAAGAGAUGAGGAUAACCACUGAGUUCCGACUAAAAGCAACCAAAUACACAGACUUCCAAGUAUUUGAUAAUAGAUGUCUCUACAUGUGCUACCCUGGGGUCAACUAUGAAGCACAAAUACGUAUAAUAUAGUCAUAAGACCAUGUAAUGUAAAUGUGAGCUUUAAACUUUUAAGGAUGUCAUAGUGACACUAUCUCAUUGAUUUACUUAGAGACUAGAGCUCUAAUGCUCUUUUUAAUCAAUGGAUUUAUUUCAUAAAUACAAGUACACUGUGAAUAUAUAGGGAUGAGACAAAUCCAGCAAUUCAUGCUCCACAUUCUCUAAUGCUUUGCUGGACUGGAUCAAAGGAUGCACUAUGUCAUUUAAUGAGAACAAACGGCAUAGAUGUGACAAGAAAGGAAAGGAUAUAAGAAUACUAGGUGCUGUAUUAACAGGGGCAUUAUUACUCCAAGGUUUAACUCUUCUGGGUGUAGGAAUAUGGGUUGUUUCUGAACACAGGAUACCUGCAUGUGAAUUUAUAGAGGUUUAUCUUAUAGAAGGAUAUAUUACUAUAGUGAUAGGUGUCAUCCUGACUGUGUUGAACCUGCUGGCUGUGUAUGUUAUAUGGCGAGGGUCUAACUUUGUUCAAAUACGAGGAUUCUUUGUGGUUCUAGGUGUUGUGAUUAUACUGGAAGUUACCGUAGCAAUAUUGUCUGGAACGCAUAGACAGGAGAUUAACAGUGGUGCUUGGUUAGCGAAAAUGUGGGCGUCAACUUUGAGCAGCUAUACAGAUGAAAAUGCCAAAGAAUGCUGGGAAAAUUUACAGACAACAAAACAAUGCUGUGGUACUGUGAAUUAUUCUGAUUGGUUAAUACUUCAUGAUACCAUGGUAUCUGAAAACCAAACAAACUUUACAGAUGCAUCUCUUCCAAAAUCAUGCAGCUGCUUCAAGGAAUAUAACAGCAAGUGUGAAACUGUUCUUGAUUCAAGUAGGAAUCUGACUAUAUAUACGCAAGGCUGUUAUUAUGCGCUCCGUCCAGAAUUCACAACAUUUCUUGAUUUACUACGCAUUCUAGUACCAGCAUUGGCAAUAGUGCAGCUAAUACAUUCAGUAUUUACAUUGUUCACUAGUUUACAUAUUCAAGCUCCCAAAGACAUUGAUAUUGCACCAGUACAUCAAAAAAGUGUAGUUUACCGUGUAAGUUGAUGUUAGCACUAUGUACAGGUAUGAAGGAUCAGUUAAUAAGACUGCAUCAUGACAAUAGCUGCUCUGAGGAGCUAAUAUGUUUUGCAGGGGGGGGGGGGGCAAGAGCUACUAUCACUAGAAUGACUUUGUUUAAGGUGAAUCAGAUUAAUGAUAAUAUUUUAUGCUGUCUUUUGUGAGCUAAGUAAUUCAUAGUCAGUAAAUAACCUUCAAUAAAACCUUGGGC